UGGGUCUGUGUUGCUGGCAGGCAGUCUUGCCUGGGAGGGAUCUGUCGUCAAAGCCACCAAGGAAAGAAGGCCUGAUACGCUCAUUAAUAUUCUGAACUAGUGACCCUUCUUUUUCUUUCCGCCCCUUCCCUUUCUCUGGGCGCUCCAGCCUCUCCCUGCCGCGGAUGGCUGCAGCCCCCUCCAGCUGAGUCAGUUCUCCCUCCGCGCAGCAUUGCAGCACCUCCGCAGCUCCCUGCGCUCCUGCAGCACCAACUCCGCUCCCGCCGCAGCAGCAUGGCCAGCACCGUCUCAGCCUACAAGGAGAAAAUGAAGGAGCUGUCUCUGCUCUCCCUCAUCUGCUCUUGUUUCCACACCCAGCCACAUCCCAAUACCAUCUACCAGUAUGGAGAUAUGGAAGUGAAGCAGCUGGAUAAGAGGGCAUCAGGCCAGAGCUUUGAAGUGAUCCUGAAGUCUCCUUCAGACUUAUCUCCCGAGAGCCCAAUCCUUUCCUCCCCCCCCAAGAAGAAGGACUUGUCCCUGGAGGAGCUGCAGAGGAGGCUGGAGGCUGCAGAAGAGAGGAGGAAGACUCAGGAGGCGCAGGUGCUGAAGCAGCUGGCGGAAAAGCGGGAACAUGAGCGGGAGGUGCUGCACAAGGCACUGGAGGAGAACAAUAACUUCAGCCGCCUGGCUGAGGAGAAGCUCAACUACAAGAUGGAGCUGAGCAGGGAGAUCCGUGAAGCACACCUCGCUGCCUUGAGGGAGCGGCUCCGCGAGAAGGAACUGCAUGCAGCUGAAGUUCGCAGGAACAAGGAACAGCGGGAGGAGAUCUCUGGAUAGAGGGCUUUUCUACACAUCUAGCACCUGAUUCCUGUUAACAAACCAACCAAUCGACCAACCUACACAUUUUAUUUUGUUUGUCUAGAUGCAACAUUUGAUUUCCAUCCUCCCCCGGGUGUUCAUCCCUCAGCUACACGCUUCUCUCUCUCUGCAUCCUUAAUCGUCAGUACUUGUAAGGAUUCACCGAUCAUAGGAACCUCUAAGCAGAAUAGCAGCUAGUUCACAUGAAAUAGAGAAUCGAUCAGUCAGACAGCUACUUUGGAGGGUUUUGUCCUUUUUUAAAGAAAAUAUUUCUUAAACUGAUGUAAAAAAAACACAUUAAGAUAUUAAUAAAUUCAACCAGCAGUGUCACAGAGAUAUGGAUUUCCUGUCUGGGGCUUUUACUCCUCUUAGAGUUUCCUCUGAGCCCAAUAUCAGCUUCAGAAUAAUGGGAAGUAAGGGAUAAUUUCUGUGUGUGAAGUGGAAUAGAGAAUAGCCCCAGGUUUGCCAGUAGCAGGAGAGAGGGAAGGGAUGACUCAGGAGUCGUGGUGUGCGGCCCCUCGUCUCCUGACUCUAUCUGGAGCCAGCCCAGGCAGGCAGUGACACAAAAUCCUUUUCUGUGGGUGAUUCUUUUGAGAGCCCCUGUGACAGUAGGUGAGGGUCUGCCCCAGAGCUCGGUACCAGUGCCACGCUACGGCAAGUCUGCCACAGCAGGCACCACCUGAUGCCCUGGUUGGCCGCAGGCUGGAGUAACCCAUGGACUGAGCCACCCUCUCCCCAGCAGAGUGGGGAUGAGAAGUCUUGGCUGAGCAGCCUGGGAGAACUUCAGACAGCAACUGAAUCCCCAGCCCCACAGGAGCCCUGGGAGAGUGCACUCACUCUGUGGGCUCUCCAGUGCUCCCACAGUGUGAUUUCGCUCCAGUAAGAAAAGCAGAUCCAGUAAAGAAGGUGCAUAGUUAUGAAAUAGCCUUUUUGCAAACAGAAUAAUCACUCUUCCUUCUUUCCAAAGGUGGAUGUGACUCUCUGGUUCCAUUCCAGGGCAGAUGCCAAAACCAGAGAUAACCAGAUGAGCCCUGGAGCUCUGGCUCAUGGGCAGCUUCCUGGGAGGCUGAGCAUGCCAGCGGUCUCCCUGGCACCUCCAGCCCAGCAGCUUUGGGUAAGAGGGGAGCAAGUCUGCGGCAAGGGUGAAGAGAUGUCCCUGUGCUCACUCCUUGUCUAUCUUCAGCUUUUCAAGGCCUCUUGAGGUAGGGAUGAGCAAAGAACAUACAAGUGUGGCAGUAAUGUCUGAUCUAAAUAGGUGACUCUUAAACAUCAAGGACUUCCUAAUCUUCCAGAGUCGUUGCUUAUGGAAGUAGCCAAGGUUCAAGCAGGCACUGUGCACUGUAAGGGGCUGCCACCCUCCCACUGAGACCCACCGAGCUGCCCACCUUGCCCCAGCUCUGCCUCUGCCUUGAAAAAUUAAAUGGAAUUGUUGCAUCUGAAGAGCGGAGAAUGGCCACCCUCCAGCAAGCAGGGCCUCAUGGGUCACAGUGCUGAGGGCUCAGCCCUGCAGUGAAGUUUUUCAGAGAAGGUGGUGGAAGCUGAUUUCAUUUGAGGCAGGUGGUGACAAGGAUUUCCCCUUUGUCCAGUGCUUAGGGAUUGCUGAGUUGUUUCUCUAACAGCCUGGUGCAGUGUUUUGGGGACAGGGCGCAGGGUACCUGGGCAGGAGCAUCACUCCCCUUUGCUUUGCAUUGGCUCCUCCAUCCUGGCUGGCCCCCGAGAUCCCAGAAUAAACCAAAAGGAAUCCAAGGCACCGAGACAUUUCAUUAUUAGUGAUCGGUGCCCUCUGGGUGCUGUGCCUCCAAAAAGCUGUUCUGUGGGAGGGGUGAGGGACUGGAUUUGGAGAAUAAUGGAAGUGCACAGGGGGUGCAGACAUGAGCAGGGGCAGCCCAGCAUGGGCACGGCCCAGCCUGGGGCUCCCAGGGAUCCUGCUCUGUAACCCAGUGCCAGGCAGUGUUGAGGAGCCAGAGCAGAUGAGGAGCUUGUACCAGGAAUAACAAUCCUCUUACCUCUCAAUCCCUCUGGAAAGGAAACCAUUGCUGAAUCUUGUUAGAAGCUGAAGAUGUCUGUCUGCCCUAUAUUUUAAUUAGGAAAGGAAUUAAUUAUGGCCUGGAGUGAGCAUUAGGUGGGCACAGAAUCCUGCACCCCCCUCCUCCCCGAAAGCCAAAGACCAGCAGCUGCUGGAGAUCAAAUCCCAGUCUGUUUGCUAAUCUCCCCGGAAUUCCCAGCUGGAUUUGGGCAAGAUCCCUUGGUGCCUGAAGUUUGAUGUUAGGGGCUCUGCUCCCGGAUGGAAGGGCUACCUUGCUCCCAAAGCCCUCGCCUGGGCUCGGGAAGACCAGGUUGGAAGGGUUUCCUUGCUCCAAAAGCCCUCACCUGGGCUGGGGGAGGACAGGAUGGAAGGGCUACAUUGCUCCCAAAGCCCUUACCUGGGGCAGGAGGGGACAGGGCUGUUAGAAAGCCCCAGCAGUGCCCAGUGAUGAUAAGAAGAUAUAGGGCAAAGAGGAAGGCAACUGAGGGUUGAAUUUCUUAACAGUAGCGAAUGAUCAGUUUAUAGUAGCAGCUGUCUUAGUUAAGCAUCUGUGUAGAGCGCGGCAUCCCCGCCAGCUUCACCUCAUCCACAUCGUGGCGAGAAAUUUUAAAAAGUUUAAAAAAAAAUAAUAAUUUAAAAGUAAUUUAAAUGAAAUGUUUGUGUGUAAGAAAUGGUUGAAACCGUCAAAUGUCUGUGUCCCGCGUUGGUGGGAGCUGAGAAGGUAUCUGCGAGAUAUUAACCCUGUCCUACUCUCUGUGGUGCUGAGUGUUUGCUUGGUGUGUAAUUCUGACCUGGAGCUUGUUGUAAAUACUGGUUUUAGUACUAUGAUUAUGAUUAUUAUGAUUAUUAUCAGAACUGUUGUACUCACAAGCAGGAGUUUAACACAAGAGAAAUGACCGUUUUCACUCCCUCCUCAGGGCUCAGAAGGAGUCAGAGGCUGGGCCGGGGGAAGGCAGGGUGCCAGCAGGGUGGGAUGCUGGACCAGAGAGCAGAUGGAAAAGCACGGAGUCGGGAGUGGGAGGCAGCUGAGUCCUGCAGGCAGGGCGUUGAGAGCAGGAACGAGGCUGCUCCUCGAGCUGGGAGGAGAAGGGAGGGCUGAGAGAUAGAAUAGAAGUGAUAUUUAAAUGCUGGCAGAUAUAAUUUAGUAUUAACCCAAACCUCCUUGUGUGAGGGGGCCAGGAUGUUCCCUACAGUACCAGGGAAGCCAGUGAAGCCAUGAGUGCUGAAGAAGGAGCAGUUGGUGGCAGGUUGUGCUGGUUGGAGCCAUCCUCCCCAAACAGCUACUGAGUCUCCGGAUUCAGUUUCUGCCUCGAUCUUCCAUCCCGACCCUUUGUGCUGCCCUGCAGCCACUCUCUUCCACCUCCCUGGAGGCUAGCCUGGAUCUUAGGUGGGGGCUUAGUCUUGCAAUAGCUUUGUCUGGCAAAAAAUCCCGUGGAAAGUGCCCAGGAGAGUGGCCUGGCACAUGGUGCUCAUGCAGGUGUGAGCACUGGGAGUCUGAUUUCUCUCACUUUAGUUGGGUUGAUGCUGUGAGGGGCAGUGAAUGUGGCUGCAAAGCGUGUUACUGCAGGGUACGCUCCUGCGGCAGGGGAGCAGCGAUGAGCAGGGAGAAGUUUGCACUGGGAACGUCAGGCUCUGUUACUGCUGCCAAGAAGCUUCAUGCCAAGGAAACAACCUCAUCUGUGGGGCCAGAUGCUUGAGGGGCAGCAGAGCAAUGUUUGCCCAGUGCAGAUGAAUGCAGUAGGGAUGCUGGGGAGCUUGACAUUGUCCAGUGCUGCUGGACGCUAUCAGGGAAAUGUGUGAUUGCUUUGGCUGUCCCAGCUCCUGCAGUUUUGGCUGGAUGAGGGGUGUCCCCUCCAACCCACCCUGCUGCUCCAGACCCGUGGGGACAGAGCUGUGGUGCCAUGCCUGACCAGAAGCACAUGUUGUGGUCCAAGAUCACGGUUAUUUCAUGUUUUUUCAUCUCCCAGGGUUGCUAAUGGUUGUGUGCAGCAGCGUACUUCAUGCCUCAGUUGAGACUAAUUAAGUAUCCUCAUUAACAUCCUUACCAUCCCAGCCUUCCUCAUUCCCAGACCAUUCCCACAUACUGCAGUCACGGACACGGUAUGCAACCCUCCCAAUUACCGGAGCCGCCUUCCUUAUGGCAGGGCUUGAGGUUCUUCAUUGAUUCCAGUAGAUGUUUAUUAACCAAGCCUCUUAACGAUGCUCAGCAGCCCUGUUGUUGCAGCAGCAUAUGAACACAAGACUUUGGGCCUGGUAGGGAGAGCAUCCUCGAGGCAUCCGGCGGCAUCCCUGCCUAGACCAUGAGGGUUUGCAGUUGUGUGAGGGAGGAAAGACGAGGUGGUGACGAUUUAUGACAUGUAUGCGUACACCUUUCAAAGAGCGUUCCUGGAGAAGGGCCUCUGGUUCGAGCAAGACGGAGAAGCUGAGAGAAAUGAGUUCCCAGCUGGCACUGACAGCCGGGCAAUGAGCGAGGCUGCACGGGAGCUGGGACAACUUGCCUCAUAUUCCAAAUUAAAGGCCUGUGCUCAUGUUAUUCCUUCCAGCAAAGAGCUCAGCCCUGGAAAUGGGUGCAUUCAGGGUUGCUGCCCCCAGACUGCUCCUGGACUGAGCCAAGUCCUUAUUAUUUUUGAGUCAUAAAUAAUCUUGCUCUAACCCAGACAGGGUUACCUUUGAGUUGACCUUCCAGGGAUGGCAGCAGCUCACGAUCGCAUGCAUCCCUACCUUGGGGGUAGGUUGGUAUCGCUACUCCUUUUAAAAUGUAAACUUCAGCUUGCUUGCUUUUGCUUAGCCUGGUGUGACUCUGGCCCUGGCUCUGCAAAGCCUGUCCCAUGGGGUUCCCUGGAUCCUGUCCUGCGUUACUCCCCUCCCUCACAGCGGCUGUGCACUCAGCUGUGCACACGCGCACAGAAAUGCAUAUGUGGGAACAAUAUAUGCACAUACACUCUUAUACCACUUGAAAUGAGUCAGGAAUGGCUGUUUACGGUGCUAGAGAUUUCUUACUAUCCAUGCUAGGGAUGAGAUGACAUAGUAAGACCAAUAAACUCCACCUUCGUAGUCAGUUGUCUUUAAGUAAAGCAGAAGAGGGGCACUGGCCAACACCUACAUUUGGGUGCUCUGUGGUCCCUGGGGUGCAGGGAGACAGUUGAACCCAAGCACAGUGGGCAGCUGGGAUCCCAGUUCCAGCAUCCCCUGUGCCUCCGUUCCCCCUUCUGUGACAAGGGGACAUGGACACACUCUACCCCAUGGGGACCACAGGAGAGCCGAGGCAUCCAUGUCUCUAAAGGGCUCUGAAAAUGGAAAGUACCAAAGGACUGAGUUGUUUCACGCAACUGUCCACCCCGGGAAGAACCGACUGGCCUGGGGCUGCAGGCAGGGAGAUGGAAGAUGACUGUGUGGCCGUGGGGCUGAGCCGUGACUCCAGGGCUCAGCACUCCAGCUGCCCUUCCAGGCAGGAUUCGCUCCUCCUGCUGCAGCCUGUGCGCCUUUGCUCCUACCGGGUGGGGAAGUGGCACGGGGUUGUGGAAGGACUUUCCAUCACUAUCAGAGCCUUGUCUGGUUCCCUUUGCUCCACCGCGUGCAUUUCAUUGUCAACUUGAGGUUGUUGUUGUGCAAAAGAAGUGAUUAUGAAAAAAAAUGGAAAAAAAAAGAAAUAAACUUGGUAUGAAACCAUACGUGUCUGCCUCUCUCCCUGAAUGUAUUGCUUUAGUUCUGAGGCUUCUCUUUGUAUUGUGAGAAUAUGAAUAAAAUGCAUUAAAUGGAAAACUGACCUAAAGAUUUAACAAAAUAGACUCUAAGCCUCUGUAUGCUAAAUGAAUACUUUGCACCCA